GAUUUUGGCCCAUAUGCUCUACCGAGGAAUAGGAAAGACUAAUCUGGUAUCCUGCUGGAAAUUUCUCGAUGCUUCGCCGGUUCUCUACUUAGGCGAACGUACAGCCGGCCUGCCGGGAUUCCUCAUUCUUCAAGGUCCCGCCAUUCUUCUGCCGCUCAACACAAAUCGAUCCCGCGCAACGUAAUCGAGGCAGCCUACAAAAUGAGGGGUAGCGUGAGAUCUUUAGUGGAAACUGCAGCAAGACAAAUCAAACCUGUCAAUGGAAGGUUGAUGACAGUUAGCACUCCCCAGAAGCAUGAGAAGGAGGUUAUCUCUAGUGAAUCAGUCCCCGCCAAGGAUGAAAACAUGGAGCCCCUUGUUGCUUUCAGCAGACCACCUCCUAUGCCACCGGUUAUUGGCCCCUUGAUCGCGCUUUCACUUUUUCAAACUUCAUCUAGUGAUGAAGACAACAAAUGAGUCGGCAGGGAACCCACUUGCUCAGGUAGUAGCCCACCUUCCAGAGGUAGGCCUUGUACAGACUCGGAAACUGUAGUGAUCCUGUUGCUGUAGUAAGUAGUAGCCUAGUAGGCAGUCUGUUGUCGAAAGCUUGAAGUUCUGUGAACAUCGUUCUAGUCUUGUGUAAGUGUAACCAUGUUAUAAACUUUGGAGAGCAACUCUGAAGUUUGUCAGUGUGAAACGCCUUAUUUUCUUCUGAAGUU